AUGAAAUUCCUACAGUGGUUGGGAUCUUUAGUGCAUUUGGGCUUAUCUUCUCUGUCUCCCUUUUUGCUUGGAUCUGCUGUCAACGUAAAUCUUCCAAAUCCAAUAAGACCCCUCCAUAUAAGUUUGUCCAUGUUCUGAAGGGGGUUGAUAUUUACCCUGAGAAUCUCAACAGUAAGAAGAAGUUUGGAGCAGAUGAUAAAGGUGAAGCAAAGAAUAAAUCAGCAAUGCCAAAGAAUUCUCUCCAUCUUGACCUGGAGAAGAGAGAUCUAAAUGGCAAUUUCCCCAAAGCAACCCCUAAAAUCCAGAGCUCUCCAGAUCUUGAAAAUUUGUCUCCUAAGCACUUUUCUGAAAGGAAAAAAGAUUCAGUGUCCCCUGAUAGUUUAAAAUCCAUUGCCUCCCUGUCAUCUGAAGAUAAACAAGACAAGCUAGGAACUCUUUUUUUCUCCUUAGAGUACAACUUUGAGAAAAAGGCAUUUGUAGUGAACAUCAAAGAAGCACGUGGGCUGCCAGCAAUGGAUGAACAGUCAAUGACUUCUGAUCCCUACAUCAAAAUGACAAUCCUGCCUGAGAAAAAGCACAAGGUGAAAACCAGAGUGCUGAGAAAAACCUUAGAUCCAGCUUUCGAUGAGACCUUCACGUUUUAUGGAAUCCCCUAUAGCCAAAUUCAAGACUUAACACUUCAUUUUAUGAUCCUGAGCUUUGACAGGUUUUCCAGAGAUGAUGUAAUUGGAGAAGUCCUCAUUCCCCUCGCAGGAAUUGAAUUGUCAGAAGGAAGGCUGCUGAUGGACAGAGAGAUCAUCAAAAGAAAUGUUAGGAAAUCAUCUGGACGUGGAGAAUUACUGAUCUCUCUCUGUUAUCAGUCUACAACAAACACACUCACUGUGGUUGUUUUAAAAGCCAGGCAUCUGCCUAAAUCUGAUGUGUCAGGAUUAUCAGAUCCUUAUGUCAAAGUGAACCUGUACCAUGCUAAGAAGAGAAUUUCUAAAAAGAAAACCCAUGUGAAGAAAUGCACCCCUAAUGCAGUGUUCAAUGAAUUAUUUGUCUUUGACAUUCCUUGUGAGGGCCUUGAUGAUAUCAGCAUUGAAUUUUUGGUUUUAGAUUCAGAUAGAGGGUCAAGGAAUGAGGUCAUUGGCCGGUUAACCUUGGGAUCUUCAGCAGAAGGAACAGGUGGAGAGCACUGGAAAGAAAUUUGUGAAUAUCCUAGGAGACAAAUUGCUAAAUGGCACAUGCUGUGUGAUGGUUAGCAGCUUAGAGAGGGGUUGGAACUUGAAAAACUAUAUAUAUAUCCAUAGGCAAGGAGCAGUUUUCUUUUUUUUCUUUCUCUGCUAUGUUUAAUUACAGGCUUGUAAUGAAAAGAUUUUUUUUUUUUUUUUUUGAACGAUGGGGAAUAAAAACUGGAUUGAAUUAUCAAAACAGAAGGUAACUAAAUUUUCACAAUAAAUAAAGGAAUUCAUAUUU